GUAAGGACCUUUUUUUGUUGUAUUGUAGAUAACUCUAUCAAAUUCUUAAUUCUCCUAAAUCUACAUAGCUCUAUUCUCAUCCAUGCUAUGUUAAAUAUGUUAAAGUAGGAAAUAGCUUGUUUAGGCUGUUCUGUAACAGAUUUCAUGGAUUGAUUGCUGAACAAUGUCCCCUUUUUCAACAUGCCUAGCUGUUUAGAGUGUUGUGUUACAGUUUCUGUGGGUGAUUACUUGGAUUAUUUUUAUCCUCUUCCACAUCCUUAGGAAGCUAUGAGGUUGUUGGUGUUUUCUGUGUCUAUACAUGUUGAAGAUCCACAGUUCUAAUGUAAAGGUGCUGGUGAUUAUUGGAACAGUAAAAUACCUUUUGCAUCUGAAGAUUGCAUGCAUUUACCUAAUGGCAAUAAUUUUUCAGGUUAUAAUUCCAGCUCCAUUUUGGGUGAGUUACCCAGAAAUGGCAAGGCUGGCUGAUGCAAAACCUGUGAUUCUUCCAACGCACAUCUCCGAAAAUUUUCUUUUGGAUCCAAAGGUCCUUGAAUCCAAACUGACCGAAAAGUCAAGACUGCUUAUUCUUUGUUCUCCAUCCAACCCAACAGGAUCUGUUUAUCCCAAGAGAUUGCUGGAAGAGAUUGCUCAAGUCGUAGCAAAGCAUCCCCGGCUUCUGGUGUUGUCUGAUGAAAUUUAUGAACACAUAAUUUAUGCUCCAGCAACUCACACAAGCUUCGCUUCUUUGCCAGGCAUGUGGGAGAGGACUUUGACAGUCAAUGGAUUUUCUAAGGCCUUUGCGAUGACUGGUUGGAGACUUGGUUAUCUUGCUGGUCCAAAACACUUUGUGUCGGCAUGCGGAAAAAUCCAGAGUCAGUUCACUUCAGGUGCUAGUAGUAUAGCACAGAAAGCAGGAGUUGCUGCGCUAGGACUGGGAUAUGCUGGUGGGGAAGCUGUUUCUAUCAUGGUAAAAGCAUUCAGGGAGCGGCGGGAUUUCUUGGUUAAAAGCUUUGGAGAAUUGGAAGGUGUUAAGAUAUCAGAACCCAAGGGAGCUUUCUAUCUCUUCAUCGAUUUCAGCUCUUACUAUGGAACUGAGGCUGAAGGAUUUGGUAAAAUUGAGAAUUCAGAGUCUCUCUGCCGAUAUUUGCUGGACGAGGGUCAGGUUGCGCUAGUCCCAGGGGAUGCAUUUGGGGAUGACAGCUGCAUCCGUAUUUCUUAUGCAGCGUCCCUCACAACCCUUCAGGCGGCUGUGGAGAGAAUUAAGAAAGCACUUCUCCUUCUCAGGCGGGCUGUCCCUGUUUGAUGUAGAUAAUUACUCUACUACUAAGGCAAAAUAUUAUGAUUUCGUUGUUCCUUUCUUAGCUUCCAAAAUGUUUAUUGCAAUAAUUAGUUUGGGAAAAAGGAUGACACGUUGGUCAUCUUGGGGUUCAUUUGCCUUGUUUUCCCCUGCUGGAGUUUGUAUUUGAUGGUAAAAGUGCAAACGAGGAUAAACUUGGACAUUAGCUUUGCAUGACGUUUUCAGUGAUGUAUCAAAUGUUUAUAUUAUGUGCAACUGAAGAGCAAUUGAAUAAUUCAGGUUGUGUGUGGCAUUUCCAUUA